UAGCAUGGGUUUUUUUUUCUGGUACGUUGGAGGCUGUAGCAUGUUAGUUAGGUUAGGUACUGGCGAUAGGCCCGCCACCCUUUUAUUGGUUACACGCUGGGUCAUCAGCCACUGGCGUUCACUGAGCUAGCAUGUUUGCGGGGAUGAGAUUUCUUUGGGUGGCUUCUACGUAAGACCCCUGGUUUCUCUUCUCCUGUUGGAGGAUCCUUCUGGCCUCUGGGUAAUACAUUUGUACUGGUCUUACUCCACUCCUAAAUAAAUAUUUGAAUUUGAUCCUUACCCGCAUUUCCUAUUAAACUUAUUCCAAUCAUCCUGAAAAUAAAAUUUUAAAAAUCACAAAUUUGUUUCAUUUCAAUGCCUUUGUAUCAAGGAAGUCACAAAUUCAAACUAAUAAAACAAAUAAUUGAUUGAUUAACGUGUAACCCUGGCCUCUUUAUCAAUACAACAACGGUUUCAAGAUCAUUGGUGCCCCGCCCCUGUCGAUAUUCUGUCAUAAUCUCAUACAAAAUGCUCCCAGUUUUAGUAUCGAACGCGAUCAGAAACUAGUUUUUCAAUCGAUAGUCAAUCCAUGAACUUGUCUCUAGAACGUCACCUACGAAAAAACUGGUGGACAGCAAAGCGUGUACAAUAUCGGUAAAUGUGCACAGAGAUUUAAGAGAUUUAUAGUGGAAUCAAAAAUAAUCGAAAAUCGAUAGAUCAUUAAAUCUGAUCGUUUGCAGAAAUGAUUUAAAAAUAUUAAUUCCGACUUAUCCGUUUUUUUGGGUUUAAAACUGACAUAUCAAUCGGCUAGCGAAUUUGAUUAUCAAGGAGCAAUUUGUGAUUCGAAACCCGAAAGCAUCCUAUGCGACAUUCGUGCUUGCAUUGGUGAAUUUCUGAUUAAAACAAACACGAGUAAAAGAAAAUUGAUUUUGCUUACUGCAUAUUAAUGCAAAUGAUAGCCAAAUGAAGAUUCAUUGAGUAAAAAAAACAAUUCUAGAUAACAAAGAUUUCCAAACAAACGAUAAGUUACAGUAAUGGUUUCGUUUAUGAAAUAUUUAGCGAAAUCAUUUUGAAUAUCUUAUUAUGUUUAGUUAAUUCUUCAAAAAAUUAAAAAGCCAUUUCUGUUGUUGCAUUUAAAAUUGACCGGCACAUGAGUAACUUUGGUAGCUCUUGAUUGCUCUUAAAACUAGUUCGGCACGAGACAAAUGACGUUCCUUCGUUGUGCCCCCCUUUGGUUUAUUAGCAAACAUGCGUGUUGUUAGUUGGAAGAAAGGAAAGACUGCAGCAAAGUCUGACGUGACAUUUUUAGUUUGAAGGAUCCGGUGAUAUGGUGAGAAAAUAUAAAAGCGCACGAAUUGGGGCAAUGGGUCAUCAGUUCAAGCAUUGUUCUACUGAAGUGUGCACUUCAAUCAUUAGCCAAAGACUUAGCAAAAUGUUCCGACUCAUGAUUGCCUCGGCAUUGAUCGCCACGAGCUUCGCUCGCAGUCUCUCCGAACCGGAAGCCCACGCCAACAUUCUGUCUUAUCACAAUGUUCUCGAAGACGGCGGUCACUACAACUGGGCAUUCGAAGGUAGCAAUGGAAUUGCAUUCCACGAAGAGGGCCUCGGAGCCCAUCAGGCCAACGGAGCCUACUCCUACACCGGUCCAGAUGGCGCCCAGUAUCUCGUGAGCUACGCCGCCGAUGAAAAUGGAUUCCAUCCGGAAGGUAAACAUUUGCCAACUCCACCACCAACUCCGGAGCACGUGAUCAAGUCGCUGGAAGAGAUCCGUGCCAAUCCACCAAAGGAUCAGAAGGACUUCAGCCUGGACGCGUUGGAGGCAACAAUUAACCGAUUGAAACAGUAAACUUUACUCUAUCGAAGAUAGUUAAUCAUCAUAACUAUUAUUAAUGCCAUUGUUAUUCGUUGUAAAUAGUUCAAAGUCGUUAAAAAAACGUUAAAUUAGAUAAAUAAAAUGAUUUCCAUGUUAAAUAA